GCUCCGAGGCUGUUUCCGUUACGUGAUUUGACGGGGGCGCAUCGUCGCCGCUAAAAAUAUCCAGAGGGAGUCGGGCAGAAGAGCGGCAGCAGGGGCGGGGCUGCGCGGCGCGGCGCGGCGGAGAGCCGCGUGGGCGGCGGCCGGCGGACGCGCGAGCUUUACUCCGAAGAGCGAAGGGGCUGCAAAUUCCCGGCUCACCCUCCACCUCUUGCCUUUGCUGCCGGCCAUGUCUGCGCGCGUGGAACGCGCCAGGUUGCGGUCGCCGACGCUCCGCUGCACCAAUCACGCGUCGGUGCGUCAGAGGCGCAGUUGUGUGCGUCAGAAGCGCCCGUUGUACAGUAGAUCACAGUAGCGCAGCGCAACAUCAUCAAGGUGUGAUCAAAUAGCAGCGCGUCGCUUUAAAGGCGCUGAGCGGCCGCAGCUGACCGGCGGUCAGCCCUGCUGGUGGUAAUGUGAGACAACUUUAGAGUCCCCAGAGGUCAGUAUGUCGUCAUGCGAGAGUGCACUUCCCACAUGUGCAGUGUAUGGACAGCUGAGCGACCCGCUGCGUCCUCUGCCAGCCUUUGUCACAUUUUAGAGGACAGUGAAUGCGUCUUUCCUGUUUUUUUCUUUUUUUUUUUUACCGAUUGGGCCUCAUAUUUGGAGAAGGUACCUGAAGGCAACAGGAGGUGAAGCUUCACGCUGUGCCAGAUGGACGCUCCAGCCAAUCCGGGAGGCAGCCCGGUGGAGCUGGAGUUAACGGUGGAGAAUGUGGAGUCGGCUCUCUACCAGCUGUACUUUGAUCCGGACAUGGAGCAUAAGAAUGUGGCCCAGAAGUGGCUGACCCAGGCCCAGGCGUCUGCACAGGCAUGGCAGUUCUGCUGGGUUCUGCUGGGCCCGGACAAGCUCCCGGAGGUCCAGUUCUUCGGCGCCAGCACGCUCCACACAAAGAUCUCCCGCCACUGGAGCGACCUCCCCGCGGAGCAGCACGAGGGCCUCAGGCUGCAGCUCCUCGCCCACAUCCUACGCUUCUCCUCCGGGCCCAAGAUGGUGCUGACCCGCCUGUGCGUAGCCCUGGCCUCCAUGGCCCUUAAUCUGAUUCCUCAGGCCUGGCCGCAGCCGGUGGCGGACAUGGUGAGGGCCUUCCAGCCGCAGAAGCCCGCCCCCGGGGGGGUCUCCGGGGCGGGGGCCGCGCCCGAUCCCCACGCGCACUGCCUGGCCCUGCUGGAGCUGCUCACCGUCCUCCCGGAGGAGUUCCAGAGCAGCCGGCUGGCUCGGGCCCGCCGCGCCCAGCUCCGGGAGGCGCUGGCCGGGGAGUGGGCCGUCGCGUGCCCCAUGCUGCGGCAGCUGCUCCAGAGCCAGGACUCGUCCAGCCGGGUGAAGGAGAAGGUGCUGCGCUGCCUGUCCAGCUGGGUCGGGCUGGACGUGCCGCUGGGGCAGAGCCACGAGCUGGUCCAGGACUGCUUCCCGGCUCUGUCCCGCCCCGAGCUCUUCGACACGGCCGUGGAGGCCAUAGUCGGCGCCGUGUCGCAGCCGGACUGCCAGAGGUACACGAGCGCCCUGCUGGGCCUGGUGCCGCUGGUGCUGGGGCUCCACGACCAGUUGAAGACGGCGGCUCUCGAUGGGGACGGGGAGACCUCGCACGGGAUCUGUCGCAUUGCUGUGGCUAUGGGAGAGACACACUCAAGGGUUCUGUUGGAACAGGUGGAGCACUGGCAGGAGUACCUGGCUCUGGUCAACAUGAUUCUGUUCUGUACCGGCAUCCCGGGUCAUUAUCCAGUCAGUGAGACCACCAGCUCCCUCACGCUCACCUUCUGGUACACGCUGCAGGACGACAUUCUUUCCUUCGAGGACGAGAAGCAGGCCGUGUACCUGCAGGUCUACAGGCCCGUUUACUUCCAGCUGGUGGACGUGUUGCUCCACAAAUCCCACUAUCCCUCCCAGGAGGAGUACGAGUCGUGGUCGUCCGACGACAAGGAGCAGUUCAGGAUCUACCGGGUGGACAUCUCCGACACGCUGAUGUACGUGUACGAGAUGCUGGGGGCCGAGCUGCUCAGCAACCUCUACGACCGGCUGGGCCGACAGCUGAUGGACCCCCAGCAGUCCGCGGUGUGGCAGGACACAGAGGCCUUGUUGUUUGGCUUCCAGUCCAUCACCGAGACCAUAGACGUGAACUACUCUGACGUGAUCCCUGGUCUGAUUGCUCUGAUCCCCAGAGUCAACGUCAGCAACGUGAUGCUAGCGGACACCGUCAUGUACACCAUAGGAUCCCUGGCCGAGUGGCUGGCCGACCACCCGGUGAUGCUGGCCGGCAUAUUACCCAUGGUGCUCCAGGGCCUGGCGAAGGCGGAGCUGUCCGUGUCCAGCGUGUCCACUCUGAAGAGGAUCUGCAGGGAGUGCAGGCACGACCUGGGCCCGUACGCCCAGGAGAUCCUCAGCGCGUCGCAGGAUGUGCUGGUGAAGGAGGUGCACAAGAGCAGCCAGUGCAUGUGGCUGAUGCAGGCGCUGGGCUUCCUCCUGUCCGCUCUGCCUCCGGAGGAGGUCCUGGACAGACUGCAGCCUCUCAUCAGCCCUCACGUCCAGCAGCUGGACACGCUGGCCCAGCAGGAGCCUAACCCCGCUAAUAAACAGCCCAUCGUCCACAUCCUGGGCAUGCUGUCCAGCCUCUUCACCACUCUGGACGUCAACACGCAAGCAGAUGGCUUAGAAGGAGCAGGCGGCCCCGCACUCACACGCUCACAGAGCUCCCACAACCCAGUUGUAGUUGUGCUUCAGCAAGUGUUCACGCUGAUCCAGAGCGUCCUGAGCAAAUGGCUGGAUGACUCAGAGGUCGUGGAGGCAGUGUGUGGGGUAUUUGAUAAAUCGCUCCGAACCCUCCUACACGAUUUCGGGCCCGUGGUGGCUCAGCUGAGCGAGAUGCUGGGGCAGAUCUACAGCGCCUUCCCACAGGCCUCGGCUCUGGACCUGGCCCGGCAGAUGGUGCCCAUAUUUGCUGGAGAGGAACGCCACAUCGCUAACAUCAGGAACCUGACUGAGGCGUUAACAGCCUCCACACUCGCCAUAUUCCACCAAGGCCUGCGCGAUCACCCUGAUAUCGCCGAAUCAUUCAUGUACCUUCAUGCUCAGAUCCUCAAGAGGAAGCCGGACUUGUACCUGUCCGACAAGCUGGACACGAACGCCCUGUUUUACUGCGGUGUUCUGUCGCUCAAGUGUCCAGAGACGCCGACAGUAAAAGCUGCCAGUCUCUUCUUUACAGAGCUGCUGCCUCGCUGUAAAGACGUGUCCCCGCUGGCUGAAGUGCUGCAGAGGGAUGGGAAGCUCCUCACAGAGACCGUGCUGCAGGCGGUCGGAGGCGGGUCUCCACGCAACCUGACGGAGCACUUCUCCGAGGUGCUCCUGAGCCUGAACAGACACUGUCCAGCUCUGUUUUCCCAGUGGAUGAAGGAAACACUACAGGCCCCAGGAUUCCCCUCGGCACAGGUGUCCGCAGAGCAGAAGCAGACCUUCAGCCAACAGCUGCUAAGGGAGCAGAGCAACAAGCGGCGCGUUAAGGAGCUGGUCCAGGAGUUCUCCCUGCUGUGCCGAGGCCUGCAGGGCUCCGGGUACUCGGACUACUAGCCCGAACCCGCGGCGUUUCACCCGAAGUAAGCUCCAGACCACACGUGGCACCUGACGCCGACUUCACCCCGAGCGAGUAACCGUGGACUACCAGGAACUACAGUAGUGAACCACGGACGUGACGGUUCCACCUGAGCCUCUGCUGAACACGUUUUUAUUAAAACUUCUUCUCCAGUUUCAAAGCAUGACACGUUUAAAAAGAUUCAUGCUGCACUUUGACAGCUGACAGAAACCCCAAUAAACUCAUCAUUCUAAAGAGCUA